ACAAAGCACACUGUUUGUUCCACCACCAUCUCUUGCAGAGUAUACCCUCUCAACACACACCACCCUCCUGCCAUAAGACACAUCACUGUGGUAGACAACUACAGCUGCACAAAACAAGUAACUAGUGUUUUUCUCUACAAACAAGAGAUGUGGACACAAGACCAUUGUAGGGAGGGACACACAGUCAGUGAAUCUAGCUCUGCUGUUGUAUGCAAUGGUGUCCACUGCUUCAAU